GACGACUGAAGUAACCGCGAGAGGUGACCGCACAGUCGUCUCAACCGGCUACGCUGCACGAUGAAGUGCAAAGUCGAACGAGGUUCGCCCGCCAGCCAAGCCGAAAGAAACCGCGUCAGUCUCAGUGGAAUGGAUUCGGCCUGUUUUCCGCCACCUAUUGCUCAACCAAGGAUCUGUGCACAUAAAUGAAAUCACUUUUGUUCCAGCGCAUGCGCACGUUGGCGGAAAUUCCUGCGUUACUCUGCCUCAGCACAUGAACAGAAGUCGAGGCAUCCGCAAACGAGGAGCUGCGAGUCCAGAUUCGCGUCGCAUGUCUCUCGAGGAAACCGUGGCUGUUUCUCAUGCACUCAGGACCUAUAAAAUUCUGCGGCGCACCUCCUGGCAUGACUUGUGUUCUUUCUACUCCUCCGGCUCUUCCAGAUCCGCACGCGCUCUCCUUUUUCUAUCCGAUUCUCUCUGCGUUAUCUUGGGAUCUCUGUUUCGUCUCACUCACUGAUCCUCGUCCCGUCUUGUGUUUUGGCAAUGCCUGCUCCUCUUCGUUGCGAGUCGUGGCUCGACGAAUCAUGGAUUCUUUGUCAGGUGUGUGGUGUGCGCGAAGUUUCCACCGUUAUUUCUUCUGACCCGUCGGGGAAAAGCGAGUCCUCGAUUCAUGUCCUCCUCGCUGCACAUGCUGAACCCUGAAGGCUUGUCGGCAGUUCAUUCUCUCAUUCGUUUUCGAGCAUCCGAUCUGCUUUCUCGAGAGACGACUGAGUCUGCGACCUCUCUCAGCCACGCCCAGAUUCUACACUCUUUGUCAACACAGCUUUCCCCGUGAGUGCAUGCAGCUGUGAGCAGAAUUCCACGCUGACGUUGAACUGCGGAAACGCGUCCUCGUUUGCUUUUGUGCACGUUUUCUUUUCUCUCGCUGUCAACACGGGAGGUUCCAGUAACGCGGGUGUAUUUUCUCCAACGUCAAGGGAGCAUCCGUCUGCAGCUACGGCAACUGCUGCAUUUCACUGGCGGGUUCCGCCAUUCAUACGAAUUGGGAUUAUGUCUGUCUGGCCGCAAGACGCCUGAUGCCUUAGCUUCAGUCGAGCUGACUAGGCUCCCGAGUGGUGCAUGGAUACAGGUCCCAUCCCGUCUGCCCGUGACGAAUCUCGACGAACUUGGAGGCUCUGUUUGAGGAAUUUCGCUUCUGACGGAGCGUCUCUCGUGAGGCGCAACUGGCUCAAAAAAGAAUGCAAAACACGGAGGAAGGGCUCCUGUCCGCGCACGCACUCCCUGCCCCGGAAGCGCUUCCUGUGCCGGUGAGUCUAACGCGAGGAAGACGCGACGCUUCUCUCUCUGGAGAUAAAAAGGCGGCUGAAUCUCGUGCCAAAGACGCCAGCGACUCUCCAGCCUCGUCGUGGAAUUGGAAUCCGUACAACCUCGUGGCUCUCGACAAACCAGAAGAAUGUCUUUCGAUCGGCGCGGCCUUCACGGAGACGUGUCUCUCCUUUGCCUUGGAUGGACGCCUGACUCCUCAGCAGAUCCUUUUCCUCGAACAAACUUUCAAACGGGUGAUGGCGACGAGUUUGACAGACUGUGUCCGAGCUAGCAGCACCGCAGCUCCCGGCUUGCUGCGGCGGGGUCCGGGCGCGGCAAAGAAGCUGGCACCUGUGGGGAACGCGUGGACUCUGAAGGGGACGUGUCUCUCGUUCAAGCGCGAGGGCGAUGCGACUCGCAUGAUUCUUGAAGACGCCUCCUUAAAUAUCAAGGGCCUUUUUCUCCCAUGCAAACGUCUAUGUCUCGUCGAUCUUGCCGGACAACAAACUAAGAAACGGAGGCUCUUGUAAUGGAAAUGCCACCACC